GUUAUAAACGCCGGGCAGCCGGCUGCCUGCAGCGCACGUGAGGCACCCGAGGCCCCUCUGCCCUGCCCAGGAGUCCUUUCCGCCGUGGGUCCGUCCCAUCCCGCGCCGAGGUUCACCGCAGCCUCGACGCCCCUUGCUCGGCUCCCAGAGCUCUCCACGUCUGCAGAGAAAUGGUCACAGCCCUAAGUGUCUCGCGUGAGAUGGGGCAGCUGUACCAGCCCUAUGACUUCGAGAUCACCCGGGACUUGAGGCCCAUUUUGGAGGAGUACUGGGUGACUUCAUUCCCCAUAGCGCUCAUCUACCUGCUGCUCAUCAUCGUGGGGCAGAGCUACAUGAAGGCCAGGAAAGGCUUCAACCUGCGGGGGCCCCUGGUCCUCUGGUCCUUCUCCCUUGCACUCUUCAGUAUCCUGGGAACAGUGAGAACGUGGGGCUACAUGGGGUCCCUGAUACACCAUGGAGGCCUGAAGCAAACUGUGUGCUUCACUGACUCCACUGAGCACACCAUAAUCAAAUUCUGGUCCUGCGUCUUUGUUCUCAGCAAGGUCAUUGAACUCGGAGACACGGCCUUCAUCAUCCUGCGGAAGCGGCGGCUCAUCUUCGUGCACUGGUACCACCACAGCACAGUGCUGGUGUUUUCGAGCUUCGCAUACAAGAACAGAGUACCCUCGGGUGGCUGGUUCAUGACCAUGAACUUUGGGGUGCACGCCAUCAUGUACACCUACUACACGCUGAAGGCCGCCCGGGUGAAGCACCCUAGGCUGCUCCCUAUAGUCAUCACCAGCCUGCAGAUCCUGCAGAUGUUUAUGGGGGCCGUGGUCGGCAUCCUGACUUACAUCUGGAGGCAGGAGCAAGGAUGCCACACCACAGCGGAACACUUUUUCUGGUCCUUUGUCUUGUAUUCCACCUACUUCAUCCUCUUUGCCCAUUUCUUCCGCCAAACCUAUAUCUGGCCCCGGGUCAAAACCAAGACCAAGAGCCAGUGAAGGGCUAGAGAGAAAGAAGAGCCUGGGCCUCUCUCUCUUCCCCAGACCCCGGGGGACUGGACUCACAUUUGGGGAAUUAGGGUGCCUUCCCUGCAUGGCUCCCCGGUGAUUCAUUUGCCCCACGGUGGCAGAAGUUAUGGCAGAUAAGUAUCACCCCUGGAUUGAGGGUGUGGCCUGGUACUUUGAUAUUUAUGUUUUUAUGUGAAGCCAAGCAGGCCCUGGAAAGCAGGGGUACUGAGGAGGGUCCCAAGAGCUGAUUUAUUUAUAUUUCUAUCCAGAAAAUGUUCUUCUUGCUUUAUUUUAAAAAGUAAUGACAUC